AUGUCUUCGGUUACCAUCGACCACAGAUCUCUUAAAUGCCACGGCGGCAAAAAGAACAAUGUACUUCACGGAAGCACCGGAUACCACCGCUGCGCAUCGCGUACAUUAUAUGCCAUUCAAAAUUAUCCAAAAGAAAUGAAGCAUCAAUCGUACACACAAUUGACAAAUUAUAACAACAAUUCUCAAGAAACCUAUAGAUUAAAUAAAUUUAAACAAAUAAUACGAAAUUCCUCCAAAACUUCAACUUCCUCUAAUAAUAAUACAUCAACUACAGAAAAGAUGGAACAAGAGAAAGAGGUAAAUAGCAUAUCGAGCGAUAACGCACUGAUCCAUAAGAUUCAUCCAACCGAUCAUCCGCUACGCAACAAUGUACCAGAGCGAGAAAAGUGUACGGAACUCGACGAUAUAUUGGCAAAAUGGAAUGUUUAUAAGCCGAAAAAAUGAUAUAUUCCUUAAUAUAUUUUUAUAUUAAUAAUCGUGUAUGGCAUCAUGAGUUAAAUUUUAUGUCGACAUAAAUUAUUAACUCUAAAUUUGUUCAAAUAAUAUGUAAAUUAUGUAAAAUAUUUUAGAUAUUAGAUAUAAUUUUUCGUAUAGAUCUCAUAAUUAGAAAAAUAUUAAAAAAUUCCCUGCAAGUAUUUCAAGAUGAGAGAUCUAUAGUAAAAUAUAUUUUUAAUUAUAUAAAAUUAUAAAAUUAAUGUAAUUGUGAAUAAUACAAUUAUUACUUAAUAAAUGAUUUGGUUUAUACAGUUCAUUAA